AUGGCGGUUCAGGGCCUGGACCAGACGAUCCUUAGGGAUCCAGCUCUUUUUUACUGGAUCUUGAUUCCCAUCAGUGUUGUGAUGAUACUGACAGGUAUUCUUCGCCAUUAUGCCACCGUCCUCAUGAGCUCCCCCCCCAAACCGGCGCGCACUCUGCUCGAAUCCCGCGAGCGCCUCUCCCUCAUCCGCGGCGUAAAUCUGCGCAACAAUGCAUCUGGCGUCCUGACUUCGGAAGGUUUUGACGCGCGCAAGGAAUACCUCGUUAAUGCCUACCAAGAUGGCUCUUUUCUCAAGGACCCGGAGAACCGUGGCCAGCCCCCGGCAAACCCAAUGUCCGACCCGGCCGCUAUGGAGGGAAUGAUGGGUAUGAUGAAGGGGAAUAUGAUGAUGAUGAUUCCGCAGACGUUGAUAAUGAGCUGGAUCAAUGCGUUUUUCUCGGGUUUCGUUAUUUUGAAAUUGCCGUUCCCACUCACUAUUCGCUUCAAGUCAAUGCUUCAAUCCGGUGUUGCCACGCGCGAUCUGGAUGUUAGAUGGGUUUCUAGCUUGUCGUGGUAUUUCCUGAAUUUGUUUGGUCUUCAGUCGGUUUUUGGGUUUAUCCUCGGCGCCGACAACUCUGCCAACCAAAUGUCCCAGCAAAUGUCCAACCCAGCAGCCGGCGCCAACCCUUUCCAGCCCGGAUCAGAUCCGGACAAGAUGUUCAAAAGCGAGGCUGAGAACCUGGAGGUCAUGGAAUACUUUAGUGUUCUCGAUGGCAUUGAGGAGAGAAUGUUGCACAAUUGGAGAUGA